UGUGUAGAAUAUAUACCUAGAAUAGAUCAUUUGUAUGGGCAUAGACGCAGUCUCGUACAUGCCCCCCUCUUCUCUAUUAUUGUAAUGCCUAGCUACAUACUACCCAACGAAAGUAUGAGUAGGUACAUGAGAAGAGAGAGAGAGGGAGGGGGUGACGACGACGACGAGAGUGUGUGUAUGCCGGACCGGCCACGGCGAAGCGGGUGUAGAGAGAAAAAAAUACCCAUUUGAUCCACGCCUGUCAUCCUUCUGCCGCACGUGGAUGGCGCAAUCCGAUCUCUCGGUCAUAGCGUUCUUGUCGCUGCAUGGUGCUAGGACCUGUUUCGUCAUGAACUGCUACAAGCAUAACGAGCAGAGCAUAUCCAUAUAUGUGCCUACCGACCCAGGCCGUGCGUUUUGUUGGUGCUCUCCCGUUCGCAUUCCCGAAGGCCAUCCAAACGCGGUGCGCGCAUACGUGUUUCGGCUUCGAUGCUAUAGCGAAAGGCCCCCCGCAGGAAAGGGGGGUUCUCUUGAUCAUAGCCCCGACGAAGGCAUUGCUGUCAGUCGAUACAAGCUAGCCGUCCCACACCAGACUUAUCGUCGUGGGCUCCUCCGGGGGGGGGGCCUCUCUCCGACCGGGGUGGGAUGGGCCGCAAUAAUGCGCCACGGCUUGCUGCAGGUGUUUGACGUUGCAACCUCGCCAAUUAAUGGGCAUACCUGACGAAGAGAGGCAAAUCAGAGUUGACGCUGCUGAGCGAUUUAUGGGAUGGCAUUGGCUUAGUGCAUCCAAGACAAACUCGCACAACAAAAACCCGACGCACUCGAGAGAUGUUUGCCUGCAGAAUCUCAAGCCACCAGGCUGCUAUCUGUGCGCCCAACGUACGAGUUACACGGCAUUGCAGAGAAAGGAGACAUUUUCUCUUACCACCACCGGGGUAUACCAGGUUUAUUAUAGAGCCCUAUCACCGCUGUCGUGAAGGGGAUGGACACG